UAAUAUUAAUGGAGCUGAAUGAAUGGCUUAUAUUUGCUGAACUUUUAAUUUCUAAAAAUUAUGUGCAUAGUUUCUGUUUAACUAAUCACUUUCCAUAUCCCAAAGACCAUAUGCACAGCAUUUUCUUUCAUCUAGUACUAAUUAUUUCCAUUGCUCUGUACAACAAACUGUAUCUUUUUAGCCAGAAGAUGUUUCAUUAUUCUUGUAAGUAACUCCUGUCGAAAGGAUGACUAUAAUCUGUACUGUGCUGUGCAUACUCAUACAGGUUCGAAGAGGUAUACUGCCCCGCUUAUUGGAAGAAAUAUUGACUACUAGAAUUAUGGUAAAACAAGCAAUAAAAAAAUUGGCUCCUGCAGAGAAAGUUCUUCAGCGGAUAUUUAAUGCGAGACAGCUUGCUUUGAAGCUCAUAGCGAAUGUAACGUAUGGUUACACUGCUGCUGGAUUUAGUGGUCGCAUGCCCUGUGCAGAACUUGCAGACAGUAUUGUUCAGUGUGGUCGUAGUACACUGGAAAAGGCUAUAUCAUUUGUAAAUCAACAUGAAAAGUGGAAUGCUAGAGUUAUUUAUGGAGAUACUGAUAGUAUGUUUGUCCUUCUUAAAGGACGCACUUUGAAAGAGUCUUUCCAAAUUGGGAAUGAGAUUGCCUCUGCCAUCUCUGCUAUGAAUCCAAACCCUGUCUCCUUGAAGAUGGAGAAAGUUUAUCACCCAUGUUUCCUUCUUACUAAGAAACGAUAUGUUGGCUACAGUUAUGAAAGUCCUCAUCAAAUGGAACCUGUUUUUGAUGCCAAAGGUAUUGAGACAGUUCGCAGGGACACAUGUGGUGCAGUUGCAAAGAUACUGGAGAAGUCUUUGAGACUCUUUUUUCAGCAAAAGGAUUUAUUGGAGGUGAAGACUUAUUUGCAACGUCAGUGGAAGAGGAUUCUUUCGGGAAAAUUCUGCUUUAAAGAUUUUAUCUUUGCGAAGGAGGUUCGGUUGGGUACCUACAGGUCAAGAAUGUCAUCACUUCCUCCUGCUGCAAUUGUGGCCACUAAGGCAAUGACGGUUGACCGCAGGGCAGAACCACGUUAUGCUGAGAGAAUACCCUAUGUUGUAAUCCAUGGGGAGCCUGGAGCCCGUUUGGUUGAUAUGGUUGUGGAUCCCUUGGAAGUUUUGGCAAUUGAUUCCCCGUAUAGAAUAAAUGAUUUAUAUUAUAUUAAUAAACAAAUAACACCAGCUUUACAACGGGUAUUUGGGCUUGUUGCUGCUGACCUCAACCAUUGGUUUUCAGAGAUGCCUCGUCCCACAAGGGAAGCUUCUGCAAAGCAUAAAUUAACUUCAAAUUCCCAUCGAACCAGAAUUGAUUAUUACUAUCUUUCAAAACAUUGUGUAUUAUGUGGUAGGUUGGCCCAGGCAUCAGCCCAUUUAUGCAAUCAAUGUUCAGAAAAUGAGGUAGCUGCUGCAACAGCAGUAAUUAGUAAGACUUCGAAGUUAGAGCAAGCGAUGCAACAUCUUGUUUCUAUAUGUCACCAUUGUGGAGGCGGGGAUAGGCUUCUUGAAAGUGGUGUGAAAUGCACGUCCAUUUCAUGUUUGGUGUUCUUUGAGAGGCGAAAGGUUCAGAAAGAACUGCUAGCUGCCACCCAUGUUGCUGCAGAUAAAGACUUGUACCCGAGAUGCAGAGUGGAAUGGUUCUGAAAAAGUGUUUUGCUUGGUAAGGUGACAUUCCUGUACAAAAUGGUAAAAAUAUCUCCAUUUUUCGAUAGAACGAAUCAAAUUUGUAUAAUUCUGUAAUGUAAUUAAUCAGGUGUAAAGUUAAGUUAAUCCCCCUGCAAUUUGUUUUACAAUUUUCUUUCGUCAAAGCAUAGUGUGUAUAUUCUUGGAUGACGUGCUCAGCAUCCUGCACACAAUCAUAGACUGUGUUUUUUAUAGGAUUUUUUACCAAAAUA